UUGGAUUGAGCAGACGACGCACCCAUCCCCACAACAGAAAAUGUCCCAAGUGGAUUCACAUCAUGCAAAAUGAUAAGUUUGGAUGACUUUGAGAAGUAUGCGAGAGACAAUCUUCCUAAAAAAGUCUUUAAUCACGUCAGCAAUGGCGCAGCUGAUCAACAGACCCUCCAUGAUAAUAGGAGUGCAUUCAAAAGACUUCGCAUCCGCCCAAGGGUUUUGAGAGAUGUUUCCAAGAGAGAUUUAUCAGCGACUAUUCUUGGACAGCAUGUACCAUUUCCUAUAGGUAUUUGCCCAACAGCCAUUCAGAAACUUAGCGGAAGUGACGGGGAGACGGCCACAGCUAGAGCUGCUUCAUCUAUGGGUACCAUUAUGAUCCUGAGCACCUAUGCCACCAGUAGCAUUGAGGAAGUUGCACAUGCAGCACCCAGUGGCCAUCUUUGGUUACAGAUGUACCUCUUCACAGAUCAGAAGUUAACAGCAGAUCUAAUACACAGGGCAGAGAGGGCUGGUUAUAAAGCCAUUGUAGUUACAAUUGACUCUCCAAUUGCUGGCAACAGGUUAAACGAUGAGCGAUAUGGCGGGUUUAACCCUGCUGUAAGAAUACCAAACUUAGAAGGAAGUUCCUACAGACCAGUUUCAGGUUCUGGUCAACCUGCAUACGGCUCGGACGAGCUCUCAGAAUCACUUACUUGGUCUGAUAUAAGAUGGGUUCAAACUCUAUCAAGUCUACCAGUCAUAGUCAAAGGAAUCUUAUCAGGAGAUUCAGCAAGAGAGGCGCUGGCUGCUGGAGUAGAUGGGAUAUUGGUGUCCAAUCAUGGUGGACGGCAGUUGGACGGUGUUCCAGCAAGUAUUGAUGCAUUAGCAGAAGUCAUUGCUGUAACUCAAGGCACUAAUGUAGAGGUAUACUUAGACGGUGGAGUCCGUCUUGGUACUGACGUCUUGAAGGCACUAGCUCUAGGAGCAAGAGCAGUGUUCAUUGGAAGACCUGUAUGGUGGGGUCUAACCUACAAAGGUGAGGAAGGAGUGAGGAAAGUACUUGAGCUUCUUCGAGAUGAGUUGAGUCUGGCCAUGGCCCUUUCAGGUUGUUCAUCAGUAGGUGAUCUUGGUCCGUCCAUGCUGACUCGCGGCCCUUCCAGUAAUCUGUAACCUAAAACCCUUCAGACCAUUUUUCCUCUACAGUGUGUCUAAACAAACACGUUAGGGCCUACACUUUUGAAAUGGCUGCCGAAUAAAAAAAUAAAUGAUUCUGGGGGAAAAGGUUUAUGUAUUGAUAGCUUAUUAUGGACUCAACUUUUAGGUGACACCAAAAAGUCUGAAAAUAAUUCUUGCUUGGGUGGGCACUGCUCACUGAAGAAUAAGUAGCCGACAUCUUGGAUUGAAUUUUGUAAGCUCCUGAGGACAUACCUCUCACAAAUUGGAAGGCUAAUUCCUUCGCAACCUAAUGUUCAUACCCUUUAAAUCAAGUGAGGGGGGGGGGGUUGUAAUGGAGGUGCGAGCUUGCUGUGGCGACUUUGCCGGAGGCGUAUUUGUUCCCCCAAACGAUUUUUUGGUAAAAGAGCAGGCCAAUUUCACUAUGACGUAAUUUUGGGAGAACAAGUUUGGCAGUUCUGUCUAUUGAAUAGGGGGUUUAAUGUGUGCUUUGGUUACUCCAGAUAAAAGGAAGUUACAAUAGUGUAUGCCUUAGUGGUUCCAGCAUUUGUUUAGCACCGUUUAUAAAAACACAAUACAUUUUCUAUAUAAUUAUAUCAUCGUUAGUAGGGGGGUAGAGCAGACAAGUUAGUGUGCCGCCAAGUUUAGCAACCUUGGUUGAACAUGCAGUCGAUGGAUCAUGUGAAGUGUACUGGGGUGUUUCUUUCUUGUAUAGAGGUGUCUGGUAUGAAUGAAUGUCUGAAAAAGGGGCAAGAAAGGAUCAUCGAAAUGUCACACGUCUGGUAACCAUUCAAAAUAAUGAUACUAAACACUUACUUGAUUAGUGUAUGCACUUGCAGCUUUUGAUAGUAUACUGAGCAUUUUGAGAAACAUUUUCCUUCGAAGUAAUGUGGUUAAUUGUGUUAAAACGAAGGUGCCAUGUUUUUUCUAAAUAAAGGAUAAAAGAAUACAAUAAAAAAAGUUUGAGUUCAAAAAUUUCGUUUUGUAAUUGUUUUGUAUGCGCUUUAUACGA